AUGGAUGCAGAGUAUUUUCAACACAAAGGGAUUAAUUUUGCUUCAGUCAUUUACUCAAAAGAAAGACUUGAGUAUCUGGAGAAUGAGUUUCAAGUUCAGGAUGAUGAUGUCUAUAUUGUUACCUUUCCCAAAUCAGGUACCAAUUGGAUGAUGGAAAUCCUGAGUCUUAUCCACAGUAAUGGUGACAUUUCCUGGUGUCGUAAAGUCCCUAACUACAUAAGAAUUCCCUGGCUUGAUGUCUGCGGCCCUGGAGUAAAGUUAGUGGAUGAAUACCAAUCUCCUCGAUUAUUCUCCUCCCAUUUGCCCAUACAAUUUUUUCCAAAGUCUUUCUUUUCUUCAAAAGCUAAGGUUAUAUACACAGCGAGGAAUCCAAAAGAUGUGCUGGUAUCUUUGUAUCAUUAUGCCCACAUGUCUUUUGUCAUUAAGAAACCUAAUAGCUUUGAUGAAUUCAUGGAGGACUUCUUGCAAGGCAGAGUGCCUUUUGGAUCCUGGUUUGAUCACAUCAAAGGUUGGAUUCAGAUGAAAGAUAACAGUAACUUCUUUUUUAUCACUUACGAAGAUCUGAAAAGGGAUCACAGAGGAGCUGUAAAGAAGAUAUGUACUUUCCUUGGGAAUGAGUUAGAAGAACAAACCAUUGACUUGGUGGUGGAGCAGUCCAGCUUCAAUAUGAUGAAAAGCAACAACAUGUCCAAUAAUAGCUUAGUUCCGGAUUAUAUCAUGGAUCCAAAAAAACAACCAUUUUAUGAGGAAAGGUACUAUUUUCUGUUUAAUCUUCAUUCUUUUAAAGAUUUAUUAUGA